AUGAUAAACCCCCUCAACUUCAACCCUAGUAACGGAGGACACGCCCCAGUCGACGGAGACGGACGGCAAGUCCUGCGUGGUCCCCUCCCCAUCCUUCCGUGCUGCUGCUCCUCUUCGAAAUUCGUUUCACAUCAAGACCUCACUUCCAGAAAAGAGGAAAUCAAUUGGCUUUCACCAUUUCGCACCGCCCCUUUCUAUUUCCGGACCAAAACAAAAAAACCGCACUCCCACAGUUUUCUCUUCUCUUCCUCCUCCGCUCCCAAACAGACCGAGAGAAGAAGCAGGUUCGAUUCGAGCAAGCUGGCGAUGGCGAGGGGCAAGAUCCAGAUCAAGAGGAUCGAGAACUCGACGAACCGGCAGGUCACCUACUCCAAGCGCCGCAACGGACUCUUCAAGAAGGCCAACGAGCUCACCGUCCUCUGCGACGCCAAGGUCUCCAUCAUCAUGUUCUCCAGCACCGGCAAGCUCCACGAGUUCAUCAGCCCCGCCGCCACAACUAAGGGGAUGCUGGAUCAGUACCAGAGAGCUCUCGGCGUCGACAUCUGGACUACUCACUAUGAGAAGAUGCAAGAUCACUUGAAGAAGCUGAAGGAUAUCAACAGGAAUCUGCAGAAGCAGAUAAGGCAAAGGAUGGGAGAAUGCUUGAACGAUCUGGAGUUCGACCAGAUGCGCGCUCUUGACGACGAGAUGGACAACGCUGUUAGGAUCAUCCGCGAGCCUUCAUGUUAACAAUGAUUACUACUCCCCCUCCUAAUCAGCUAAUGUAAUCCCCCAACUGCUGACUUUUGGUUUUAUGAUGGUCCACAGAAUCAGGUGAUCUCCAAUCAGAUUGAGAGGCACAAGAAAAAGGUCAGGAACGUGGAGGAGAUACAUAGAAAUCUUCUGCAUGCAUUUCAAGAGAGAGAGGAAGAUCCACAGUAUGGUUUAGUGGAUAAUGGAGGGGAUUACGAGUCUCCAGCUGUGAUUGGCUUCCCAACGGGCGGCUCUCGCAUCUUCGCUCUGAGGCUUCAGCCCAACCACCACAAUCUCCACAGUGGGACUGGAUCCGAUCUCACCACUUUCCACCUGCUUGAGUAAGGUUAUUGGAGCAUUUGGAGAAGAUCUGCGUCUUCUUCUUCUGUGUGGAUGCUCAAUGUGUUGUUGUCCAAUAUCUACCUUGUCUACUUAGUCUCCUCCUACUGCUACUACAAAGAAUGGAUGGAAGGCUGGAUGCUGUAAGGUAUUGUAACGUGUACUUGUACUAGAGACUAGGCAUCUUUGAGGGAAAACUCGGCUCCUGAUUUCCUUGCCUUGGUCUCCAAACUAUAAAAAAUGUAUCAUGUAUCUGUGUGUGUGUGUUAUCUGCGGUGAACUCAAUUGUGGGUGUGUCUUGAACUGUCACAUGUCAGGCUUGUUGACUUGUCUAUGUAAUUUGUAUCUUGACCAAGAAAUUGGAGUGUGCCUUAUGGGUUUUUAUUUAUAAGUAUAAGUGUGACUGAAGGCUAAUUCAAACCUAUGUGGCUAGGAUGGAAACAACAUAGGUUUGUUGUUCAUAGCCACAUUUAAGAUAUGCAAUAUCGUUUAGCUUAUUGAAUUUUUACUUUAAUGUUCCAUUAUUCCUCUCA